GCCGCCGUCCCAGCCGAUGGGUCGGGGUACACGCUCCCGCUCGCGGUCGGCGGGUCGCGGGGGCCGAAGGCAGCGGAGCCGGAGCGGGAGUCGGAGCCGAAGCCGAAGCAGGAGCCAUGGGCAGCGAAACCGGCGGCGCCGGGACGACGAGGGGCGGCGCAGGCGGCGGAGCCGGGAGCGCAGGUCGGAUUCGGAGGAGGAACGGUCGCAGCGGCGCGGGAGGCCGAGCCGGAGCCCGCCGCCGCGCCGGAGGCGCUCCCAGGACCGGUCCUCUCAGUCCGACUCGGGCGAUGAGCGGCGGCAGCAGCGGGGCGGAUGGGCGCCGCGCCGGCGGACGCGCUCCUGGUCCCCGGGCUCCUCGGCGUCCAGCUCGGCGUCCCCAGCGCGCUCCCGGAGCCCCGGGGCGGCGGCCGCGGCCCUGAGCCAGCAGCAGAGCCUGCAGGAGCGGCUGCGGCUGCGCGAGGAGCGGAAGCAGCAGGAGGAGCUGCGGAAGGCCUUCGAGACGCCCGAGGAGAAGCGCGCGCGGCGGCUGGCCAAGAAGGAGGCCAAGGAGAGGAAGAAGCGGGAGAAGAUGGGCUGGGGCGAGGAGUACAUGGGCUACACCAACACCGACAACCCCUUCGGCGACAACAACCUCCUGGGCACCUUCAUCUGGAGCAAGGCCCUGGAGAAGAAGGGGAUCAGCCACCUGGAGGAGAAGGAGCUGAAGGAGCGGAACAAGCGGAUCCAGGAGGACAAUCGGCUGGAGCUGCAGAAGGUGAAGCAGCUACGGCUGGAGCGGGAGCGGGAGAAGGCCAUGCGUGAGCAGGAGCUGGAGAUGCUGCAGCGGGAGAAGGAGGCGGAGCACUUCAAGACGUGGGAGGAGCAGGAGGACAACUUCCACCUGCAGCAGGCCAAGCUGCGCUCCAAGAUCCGCAUCCGGGACGGGCGGGCCAAGCCCAUCGACCUGCUGGCCAAGUACAUCAGCGCCGAGGACGACGACCUGGCCGUGGAGAUGCAUGAGCCCUACACCUUUCUCAACGGGCUCACGGUGGCCGACAUGGAGGACCUGCUGGAGGACAUCCAGGUGUACAUGGAGCUCGAGCAGGGCAAGAAUGCGGACUUCUGGCGAGACAUGACCAUCAUCACCGAGGAUGAGAUCGCCAAGCUGCGCAAGCUCGAGGCCUCGGGCAAGGGGCCAGGCGAGCGGCGAGAGGGCGUCAACGCCUCGGUCAGCUCCGAUGUGCAGUCAGUCUUCAAGGGCAAGACCUACAGCCAGCUACAGUUCAUCUUCCAGGGCAUCGAGGGCAAGAUCCAGGCCGGGGGCCCCAACCUGGACAUGGGCUACUGGGAGAGCCUGCUGCAGCAGCUCCGCGCCCACAUGGCACGCGCCAGGCUGCGCGAGCGGCACCAGGACGUGCUGCGGCAGAAGCUCUACAAGCUGAAGCAGGAGCAGGGCGUGGAGAGCGAGCCCCUGUUCCCCAUCCUCAAGCAGGAGCCGCAGUCUCCGGGCCACAGCCUGGAGCCUGAGGAGCCGGCGCCCACCCCGCCGGGCCCCUCCGAGGAGGGCGGUCCCGCCGAGCCCGAGGCCGACGGGGCGGCGCCGGCGGAGGGCGAGGCCGACGGGGAGGCGGUGCUCAUGGAGGAGGACCUGAUCCAGCAGAGCCUGGACGACUACGACGCCGGCAAGUACAGCCCGCGGCUGCUCACGGCCCACGAGCUGCCGCUCGACGCCCACGUGCUGGAGCCCGACGAGGACCUGCAGCGCCUGCAGCUGUCGCGCCAGCAGCUCCAGGUCACAGGGGACGCGAGCGAGAGCGCGGAGGACAUCUUCUUCCGGCGGGCCAAGGAGGGCAUGGGCCAGGACGAGGCGCAGUUCAGCGUGGAGAUGCCGCUGACGGGCAAGGCGUACCUGUGGGCCGACAAGUACCGGCCGCGCAAGCCGCGCUUCUUCAACCGCGUGCACACGGGCUUCGAGUGGAACAAGUACAACCAGACGCACUACGACUUCGACAACCCGCCGCCCAAGAUCGUGCAGGGCUACAAGUUCAACAUCUUCUACCCCGACCUCAUCGACAAGCGCGCCACGCCCGAGUACUUCCUGGAGGCCUGCGCCGACAGCAGGGACUUCGCGACGCUGCGCUUCCGCGCGGGGCCGCCCUACGAGGACAUCGCCUUCAAGGUGGUGAGCCGCGAGUGGGAGUACUCGCACCGCCACGGCUUCCGCUGCCAGUUCGCCAACGGCAUCUUCCAGCUCUGGUUCCACUUCAAGCGCUACCGCUACCGGCGGUGACGCCCCGGCCGCCCCCCGGCGGGAGCGGGGCCCCGCGGAGCCCGCUGGACGGGCUCCCCGCCGGGCGCCCGACCCGCUGUCCAGCCGGGCGGGCUGAGGCCCUGCGGCGCCGGCGGAGGCGGCCAGAGGGGCCCGGACGCGGGGAGCCAGCCUUGCGGGAGACGGACACCCCGAGUCCAGGGCGCUGCCGGCGCGUGGACACAGCGGCGGCUGCGGGCCGCGCGCUCCGGGCCUUCCCCGGCCGGCCUUCCUCGCGCCGCAGCGGUGGAGCCAGACCCUGCUGUGCACGUUCCGGGAGACACCAUCGGAGGGCCGUCCCAGCACCGGGGUGCCCCCAGCUCGCCCCUGCUGCUGGCUGUGGGGUCAGUCUCCCCCAGCGGCUGUGCAGGAUGUGUCACCGUCCGCCGUCAGGUCCAGGAACCGGGGGUCACUGAGACGGCCUUCCUCCCACGUGGGGACAGUUGUGUUCCUUGAAGCCACCUCCCAGCAACCCCGGAGCCGCCUGGCUUGUCCCGUGUCUCAGACGGGGACAGCCUCUGGCCUGACAGGUGCGGUCACUCUGCCCCAGUCACAGGCCGUCAACAGUCCACCAGGCGGCUGACCCGGGAAACACAUUUCUUGAAACAUUUUCUUACAGAGUCUUUUCUAGCCUAACGUGGGAAAACCCUGCGCCAUCCCUGCCGUGCCCCGCUGCUCCUCGGACAGCCCCACCCUGACACCCUCUUUCACUGGGAAAUAGGUUAAGUGGUUUCUCUAAAAGGACUUUUCUGGAGGGGGGUGAGAAAUCUUGUUUAUUUUCAUUUAACUGGUCUACUGGUGAGAUUGCAUGUUUUUAAUAAACAUUUUAUUUUAGAAUA